GUGCACGUUCCUCGUACACUGCACAGUAGGCGCGUGCACAUGACACGCGCGUUCGCGUGACGUAUCCACAGAGCGGGUGAGAGAGAGAGAGCAAAGUAUUCAUCAUCAGUGUGCCCAUUCAAUUUGUGUCCAGACGCUGACCAACUCACAGCUACAACAAUGGCCUCCGGUGUGAAGGUGACGGACGAGGUGAUUGCCGUGUUCAACGACAUGAAGGUGCGCAAGGUGCAGGCCAACGAGGAGGAGAAGAGGAUGAGGAAGAAGGCCAUCCUCUUCUGCCUGAGCCAAGACCGCAGGAACAUCGUGCUGGACGACGGCAAAGAGAUCCUGCUGGGCGAAGUGGGAACCACCGUGACGGACCCCUACCAGCACUUUGUCAAGAUGCUGCCCGCCGACGACUGCCGCUACGCCCUGUACGACGCCACCUACGAGACCAAAGAGACCAAGAAGGAGGAGCUGGUCUUCAUCUUCUGGGCUCCAGAAUGCGCCCCCCUGAAGAGCAAGAUGAUCUACGCCAGCUCUAAAGAUGCUAUCAAGAGAAAAUUUGAAGGUAUCAAGCACGAGUGGCAGGUGAACGGUUUGGAAGACCUGAAAGACCGGCACACCCUGGCAGAAAAGCUCGGCGGCAAUUCAGUAGUCAGCCUGGAGGGAUGCCCUAUAUAAAUAUUGCCCCCCCCCCAAAAAAAACCCCCCACCCCCUACCACCUCACCCUGUUCCCCUCUGGCUUCAUCGGGGGGGCCUGUCAGACACAUCUGUGGGGUUUAGCUGUUCAUUCCAGUGUGGUUUAAGGGAGAAGGGGCGACCUAAGAUAUCAGAACCAGCACCAUUUGUGGGACUCUCGGGGGAGGGAUACUGCGGGGGCGGGUACGGGAGGGGGUGCGGUGACAGUUGAAUAAGUGAAUCAUAAUUCCAAAAAAAAAAAAUAUACAGACUGUCAUUCCAAGUUAAGAGAAUAUGAACAAACACACACACAAGAUAAAAAUGAAGGAUGAUGACAAAAACACGGGUGUUUUUUUUUUUUGUUUUUGUUUUGUUUUUGCCAUUUUCCAUGUGAACACUCGCAAAGACGGGAGACGGGCAUGGACAAAUUUUUAGUUUUCCAAACAUUCUAGUGAAGUUGUGUAACUUGUAGUUGAAGCCAGUCUAGUGGAAACUAAUUCAUUCUUCAUUGCACAAGACGUAUCAAACAUUCUCUUGGGAAAACGUGGUUUAAUAUAUAAUAUAUUCUUUUUUUUCAACAUGCAAAAAUUCCAAAACUUGACUUGUUCUUUUCUCUUUUUUUUUUUCCUUUUCUCGUUCAGACAAGAAAGGCAUUUGAUGUUUAUCACACACAUUCCUCUUUACCUUUUCAAACCAGGAUCUCCUCGUUUUAAUAAUUCAAACAACAUUGUCGGCGUUCUGAAGGUCUUGACUGAGAGUGACGUGUAAAUGAAGGACAAGGGGUCAGAGUUCAGACUGAAUAUUGAAUGGUGGAUGUUUUGUAUCGUCUCCUAUCUAAUAAAAAGCACUAAACUACUGA